AUGGCGAUGCCAUCUUCAAGAGGCUACGUAGCCGGGCCUGUUGGCCCGCGUCAAACCUCGCCGAGUGGUUUUGCGCUAUCUCAGGCCGAAAAGGAAAGGGUGGCAGUGGAGGCCAGGCAAUUCUUGAGGAGCCAGGGCAACAAGCGCUAUGGUAGUUUCCUUCAGGAGUUGAAGCGCCGUGGUGUCACCGUUACCACAUCGGAAGCUGCUGAGCUUUUUCAUCGAGUGGAGCCACUCGUGUUUGGUUCGGCUCAUGCGCAGGCGGCGUCUGCGUAUGGAGGAGCGUCUCCUCCUGUGCCACCCCCAGCAUCUGGCCCCGCUGCGGCCGAGAACGUUUCUAGGAGCCGUGGAAAUCGGUCAGAGUUGACUCGCGAAGCCGUCGAGGGAGCCGAAGAUCCCGAGACCGGAGCCUCGCUCUCCGAGUUGAAGACCUCGUUUUUAAGCGCGAUGGACCCAGAUGUCGAGACGCUAGACGAGUACGAGGUCCGACUUAGUCAGGGAGUCGAGAUGGCGCGAGCCGACUGCCGCGAUGAGGCACUUAGUUACGCCGAAGGUAUGUUGGGUGAGGCUCAGUAUAAGACCGCCUAUGCGUGCUUCCAAAAGUUCGCCACCGAUGCGACGUCCCAAGUCAAGGGACCAGACGUUGUGCUUCGAGGCAUUGGCGCCGGUAUUUCGGGACUCUUGCAGAAGCCGGGAGCGGAUCCUGUACCGAUUCGUCUGGCCGUGUACAAGCACGUCUGCAAUCCUUGCAUGAGAAGGACUGGUUGUGGGAGAACUGUGGUUUGGUGUCCCCAUCUCGCUUUCGUCGUGGCGAUGCUGACACCCCUCAUGGGUCGCGUGCCCGAAGAGGAUGUUGAGAGGAGUCGAAGUUCGGAGCGGAGACAGCAUACUCCCCCUUUGCUGCGGGCGAGACCUGUUCAGAGGGCUCAGCACUUCGACAUGGCCUCCUCCUCGAAUCCCUCCGGUGGAGAGACUGCCGUGUUGGCAAUCCUUCAGGAGAUGCGGAACCAGAGGGAGCAGGAUGCACGAGACCGAGCAGCAGAACUCAAAUCCCUGCGAAGCGAGAAGUCCGUGUUCACGUUUAACUUGAAGGACGACCUGCCCAUUUUUGGGGAUGGUGAUACCGACCUGGAUCGCCAUUUGGAGUCCUUUCAGGACUGCUUGGUCGUGAAGCCCAGUACCGACCGGGAGAAGCUUCGCUUGUUCGCCCGAACCCUUAAAGGCACGCGUCGCCGAUGCUAUGACACCAUCGUUAAGGAGGCGAAGAGCAGCGGUGACUACGAGGUGCGACCAAAUGUGGUGUAUGAUCGGGUAGUGGCGGCGCUGGAUGCAAGUUUCCACGAGUCGGACGAGGCUAAGGCGAUGAAAGCCCGAGCUAAGUAUGACUCGCUGGAUAAGAAGUCCACUGCCUUCCAGGAGUUUCAGGUUUCCCGGCUCGAGGCCCUGACCGAGCUCAAUGCCGCUGGGGUCUACAAGCGCCAGAAGGACCUGCUCUACGACUACCUGCACAAGAUUGGGUCAUACCUCCGCGACGAGGUCUCGCGAGAUCGGCGAUUUUGGCCGUGGAAGCCAGCCCCUGGGAUCCAACAAGAGUUUCGAGGGGUGGAAAGCUGGUCUGAGGCCGCGCUCGCGGCGCGUGAAAUCACUUUGCGUAAGGAUGCGAAUAAGGCCCUGGAGGCGAGCCACAACACUGCCGAGGCGCGGGACUCGAGUCCUAAGAUCAAGGACAGGCGCCAGCGGAAGAAGAAAGGUGGUGGUGAUGGCACCGAGGCCGAUACCUCGCAGGCGCAAGUGAGCUUGCCGAGCGGUGUAGGGGAUGCCAAGUGCAAACAUUGUGGUCACCCUGGCCACAUGGUGUCCUUAAGGUGCCCUCGCAAGGCCGCAGAGAAGAGGGGAGAGAGCGAGCAACUUCUUGCUGAGAGCCAGAGAAACGGCAACGUUUGCCAGCUCUGUGCCGCGGUGGGGAUCAAGGAUGGCACUCACCGAGCCCGACACCAUGGUUUCGCAGCUGCCGACCAGUAUGCCUCUCAAGUUGGCGGCGGUGACAAGAAUGGCAAGGGCAAGGGAAAGGGCAAAGGCUCGGAUGGUAAGGCGGGCCAGGACCAGGACAAGGCCAAGCAGCCCUGCCGCUUGUUCGCCAGCGGGCGUUGUACUUACGGAGACAAGUGUAAGUUCGCUCACGUCAAGGGAGAUGCUGCGCAUCAGCAACAGCAGCAGGAGCCAUCCGGGGCGAAGGCUGCAAAGGCCAAAGCAGCUGCCGCUUCCGACGAGCGAGUUUACCCCUUGUUUGAGGUGCCAGUGGGAUCAGCAGGAGACCCUGUGCCUCUUUACGAUACCUCGCACCAGACUGUGGAGCCCGGUGCCAAAGGCUGGCGCCAUUGGCCGGGGAACAUGAGUAAGCUCCCUGCAGACCGGAAGACCGUGGCUUCCGCGCCCACGCCGGGGUUCAAUGCGCAAACUAAAGUUUCGCGCGGAGGCAUUGAUCUUGUUGCGCUGUUGGAUACCGGAGCCACGUGUGGGUCGAUAGCCGAGUGGUUGUUUGCGGAGAUUUACGAGCGUGUGAGCAUCGACGUUGCCUCAGGCAAGUACAAGUGGGGAGACCGCGAUUGCCCAAUUCGCGAGAUUGGGGAUUUCUCCAAGGAUCCUCAGUCGAUGAUGGGUUUCAAGAAAGGGACUAGCAUCGAGACGCGUUUUUUCGUUGUUUUGCGGUUGGUGUUCACGCCAGUGGGCAAGGGAUCGCCUCAUGUGGCGGCAGUCCGCCUCAAAGUGAUUCCAGCAGACUCCGCAGGUUUUCCAGGGAUUGCGUUGGGAUUCCCGACGCUUGGUCCCAAAGGGCUCCAGCAUCGUGUAGUUGAGUCCGGGCAUCGUUUCGAGAAGCUCGGAAUCACACUGCCGAGACUAGAGCUCGAGCGCGAAACAUUUUUACUAGACGGUACAGAGUGUCGGUUUGAGGCCCCACUCCGUUCUAUGUUAUAUGCCGAGGUCUACCUUGAGGCGGAUCAGUCGGCUGUCGUGCCAGUCACGUGGAUUGGUGCGCCAAAUGGGGUGACGAAGGUCGUGCCUGUGGAAGGUGGGCCCGAAGUCGCCUAUGGGCAUUUCGACCCCGACAUCUGCCGAGAGGGAUCCGUGGUAGCGCACAACGAUUCUCUCCUUCCGCAGCAGUGGGACGUUGGGGAGGUUGUCGCCGCUGGUCAAGCGGUGUUUAAGGAAGCGUGUCCCGAGUGCGGGCUGUUGCCCGAUGCCGCCUAUGGCUCGACCUCUCAAGCCAGAGCGAGGGACACGGUAGAGACUUAUGCCGAUCGCCUUCUCCCUCAGCAGGAUUUUUCCGUCACAGCGUGCGCCGAGUUUCUCCGCGAGUUGCAGCUCGCGUGGGAGGUGCAGCCGCAGUGCGCGCGGCCGGACUGUCGUCGACGGCGCAAUGCGAACGCUGAACGCCGACGAAUGAUCUUCGGAGCAUUCCGCUACGGAGGCAUGACCGGCGUGACAAAUUUGACGCGUUUAUGGCAGGGCACUGCCCGCUACCUGAACAGCUUCGUGAAGCGAAGGUGUGAAGAGCAAGGGACUAGCACCGAGAGUUGGAAUGCUCUGCAGGUGUCCUUCAGUACUGGUAUUGCAAUCCACCGGGAUUCGCAGAACGUCAAGGGCACUCACAACUUCCUGCACUGCAGUGGCAAGUACAAGGGCGGCGAGGUGUGGAUUGAGUCUGCCUCCGCCUUGGCGGCAGACUGCCCGCGCCACGCGGAACCGUCCUUGUGGAAGGACGAAGAGCAUCCCGAGGGUCUUCCGGGCUUGCACGUGUCUUUCCGUAUGAGCGCCGACCUCCAGCGGUGGAUGCGUGGCCUAUCACGCGGAAAGCUUGACGCCGGCGCAGACCUUGUGGCACCCGUUCAGUUUCCGGACUUGCUCCGGCUCACCGCCGACGGGAGCGAGAUCCGGAACCUCUCAGGCCGAAGCAUGCGUUUGGCCGAUGGGCUGAGCAGGUUGUUCGACACGACCUCUGUGCCCCAAGAGCAGGAGAAGAAGAUGCUGGAACGGCUGGAGGAGCGAACGCGCGAGUUGGCUACCGCCCACGCGCGGCUCAAAGACCCGGAUUGCGAUGAUUUCCUUGAGUUUCCGGAGCCGGACCCUUCUCCCAAAGCGGCGUCCAAGGAGGAAGUUGCUCGGGGCGAGGCGCUUGUUGCUGACACAGUACAAGCGACCGCGGAAGCCGCGAGACCUCCGAAGGACCGGGUCGUAGUACCCAGGGUAGCAGCGCUGUAUGCCCCGGCCUACCAGGCCGAGCCAGAUUUGCAGACGCAGUGUGAUCUGGUUGAGGAGGGCUUGCGCACUGCUGGGGUUGAGUCAACCGUUGUGCCCAGCGCCACGUCGUUUGCCGAUGACGACAACGUGGGCUACUGGAUUGAUGCUCGAGCCAGACAGAUGUCCGACACGGUUAGACGACUCCGAAAGCAGAUCCUCACUGGAGUUAUGACCAUGAUCCGUGAGGUAUGCCGGAGAAAGCCGAGGUUGUUGGUCGGAGCACACCAAGGCGCGCUCAUCGUCCUGAUGUGUUCUUUGCCGUUUGUGGUCGAGGCAGCUCUAAGGCAACGGGUGUCGACGGAGUCCGAACUGAUUGAAGCCCGCAACACCUGGGGUGCGAUAGAGGGGUUCGUGUCCAUUGAGCCUUUCUCCCAGGCGCAGUAUCUCGACUGCAACGUGUUGGGUCAGGCAGUGCCGGAAGCUUUUGCGCCGCAGCGCAAGUUGCGACCGAGUGUUUUGGUUGCACCGGCAUCGGCCCAUAAGAAGACUGUCGCGUUUUGGGAUGGACUUACCGAGCAUUUGGGGUUGAACCGAGUGCUCUCACUCGCGGAAGCCAUUCCCUUCAAGGAGGCCCUUGCCUCCGCUUACCCUAAGAGGCUUGAGGCCGAGGGGGUGAAGAAAGCGCAGCUGCAUCGCUGUGGGCUUUGCGGGGGCCCCGAGUUUUCCAACGCCUUGUUCGAGGAGAUGUCGGUGCUACUGGGUAUUCAAGAACGCACUCCGCCGGCUCAUAGGCCGAUGUCUGUGGGUAUGGGUGAAACGGUGCAUCCUCGUGUCUUCGUCGAUGACACCGACCUUGAGUGGCGAUCAGUUGGACUGAUUGUGGGUGGGCAGAGCCCUGCUCCCCUGCCUGGGCCUAAAGGCAAGUUUGGUGCCGUGAUCGCUGGAACCCUGGUGCUGUACCGACCCGAUGCCUCUAAGAAGGAGCUUGUGGUUGGCAAAGUGCUUCAGAAUCUUCGAGACUCGAAAGCAGUUGUGCUGCAGCCCUAUGCUGGCGUGUGGGGUAGCACCCGAGUUCGUUGGAGCCCAGCCCGGGUAAAUCCUGAGACGGUGUCAUACCGGAGCCUCUUCCGUGAGGUGAUGGACCCUGAGGCGGUUGGAGUUCUCGAUGGUGAAGGAGAUGCGCCGGUCCUUGACCAGGCCGCUGCCAAGUGGCAGAGUUAUGCCCAACAGGGGAAAUUCUCCGAGGCGAUCGGCCAGGUUAUCUACGACAAGUGCGAGGCGUUGUGGAUAAAGGACACUCCACAAACGAUGGUCCGUGGAUUUCUCCACGAUAUGAUCACCAAGGGUGAGCCCAUUAGUCAGGCCCCCUUGAUCCGAGGAGGCGAGCACGCUGAAUGGCUCGAGAACGAAAUCGCUAAAGCGUAUUGUCGUGGUCACUACGCAUCGGGAGAAAGCAACUGGGGUAGUCCUGCGUUUCGUGUGUACAGUGGUCAAAACAGGAAGGCUAGAAUGGUCAUUGACUACCGUCGAGUGAACCAGGUCACAGUGAGAGCAAGCUUUGUGAUGCCGGACUCAACGUCCGUGAAACGAGCCUCGGCGGGCAAGCGGACAUUCCGUCGCAAGCUGUUCCGCACUUGGUUCCUCUUCAUUGACGAUGUUCUAGUAGCUACUGGAACCGGGGAUUUCCCGAGUGAAGUGUCGGAGGAUGAGCUGAGCCGAGCCUUGAAGGCUGUGAGUGACCGUGGACGUUCCACGGAGCCCGAACAACCUGAAACUGCGCCCGCUGUGCCUGAGGUUGUUACAAAGAGCAAAACCGGCUCUAUGGCCGCGAUGCCGGGCUCCGUUGUCCAGGACAGUGUUUGCACGUAUGUAGAGUGUAGUGAGCAGUGCAUGAGUUGUUUUGAGCUUCAGCCCACAUGUUUGCGCUCUGGUUACGACCUGUCCCGACAUGUCACUGAUGAGGAAGGCCUUGUAGGCGAAGGUUUACAGCAGGAAUCCCAUUCCCCGACGCCCUGGCUCCAGUGUAGCAUAGAGCUGUGGCGCAGCGGUUCGAGCUGUACUACGAUGGAGCCACGCGAGCUGGCAGAGGCCGCUGCCGCUUUGGCCAGGCGAGCUUCCGCCAUACUGGCCCGGGCGGCUGCAUCCGGCGAUUCCUCUGCAGCAGGAUCUGAGCCGGCCCCUGGGGCCGCGGCAGCUGUUGAUGUGCCGCCGAACGUGGAGCCGUCCGCUGGCGCAGACGAGCUUUUGCCUAAUCCCAUGGGCUUGCCACCCGUGCCAGAGGAGUCACAGGCGAGCAUCGACCAGAUCUUAGCUCAACAAAGGCAAUUGCUUGCUGUGCUACCACCGGUUGCAGAGACCGCGCCGGUGAGCGGUCCUGCCCUGUCUGGAGUUGCAGAGGCAGAUCCGGCCCGCGAUCCCAACCUGUCCGACACCUCAGAUGCGGCAGGUGACACAUCGCUGCCUACAACCGCGGGCGCUGACAGCGCCCACGAUGACCUGUACGCCACCCACGAGGCUCCGGUGCCCGACACCGAGGUGGAUCCGGACCUCGCAGAAGAAGAUGAAGUGGUGCGACGUAUGGGAUUUAACCCUUCGCCUGGCGCAGCUCAGGUGGUUCGUGACCACCGCGCCAAGCGCGCGAGGGAGAGGUCUGCGGGAAGUCGGCAGCCUCCUGGCGAGAGCAUGGAACCCGACGAGGUCACUCCAGAGAAUGCCGUUGGAUUUGCUAGCGAGGCAGACCCGGAUGCGAUGGAGGAAGUUGAGGUGGAUGCUCUGGAGGAAGCCGAGGAUGACCUCGCGGUGGAGGAGGAGCUCGCUGAGGAAGAGGCCAGUGUGCCCGACCUUGAGUUUGUUCCUCUGCACUCCGACGUAGAAGUGGAUCCCCAGGCCCUGGAGGAGGCUGCUCUCGAGGCCAUGGCAGGCGAAACAAUGGGGGAAGAUGCCGCGGUGACAUACCGCGAUGGGUCAGAGCCAUGCAUCUAUUCCCAUAUCAGGUUCAAUGUGUGGCGGGAGCAAGACUGCUGGGUGUCCAGUGGGUUCACCGCGGCACAGUGGGCUGCUUGGCACAAUGGUAUGCGCGAGCCCGAUGACACCCAUCCUCCGGACCCGGCUCCGAUCGAGCGCGCGCAGCAAGCCGCCGCGCACACUGGCGAGGAGGAGGCCGAGUCCGAGGAGGAAGUCAUUGUCGAGGACGAGGCGGACCCUGGCCAUAUGGCGGAGAUCGAGGAAGCAGAGGAGCCGGCUCCCCAGACCUAUGAAAAUCCAUACCCAGCUGCCAAGGCCUGGCGACCUGGCGCGGCGGCUCAAUCAGGCCGUGGCUGUGCCACGAAGGCGGACCAAGCAGGAGACGGACCCGAAGUGAUCCGCUACCUGGGCUUGGCAACGGCCGGCCUGAUCUUUCACCAAGGGGCAGACCUUUGGUUGACGGUAGCUCGCCCGGAGCUGGAAGAAACCGUCACUGCAGUCGCCGGGGAGUUUCGGGCGGGGACCGUGUUGAUAACACGAGUAUGCUGCGUGCUAGUAGUUUCGACAGUGGCACUAGGCGCAUACGUCCUGUACGCCAGGACACUCUGUUCCGCGAAGCAGAUGCUUCGGCGCAGCGGCCAAGAGCCUGAGGCCAAUGUAGAAGCCGAAGGUGCUGUUGUGUUUCGACCGGAACCAGGUUCCGUGUAUUGUCGCACUGGUUUAAGGUUGGGUGAUCUUACGAGUCCAGAGAAUCAAGAGAUCACGAGGAAGAUUGGUUCAGUGCUGGAUUGUAUCGAGGGCAGUGGUCAGGCAGGAGAGGCGAUUGGGCUGAAUAGCGCAGCGCGUGCUAUUGUGCAUCGAGUGUCUGCUGGCCGUGGGUUCUCUCACGAGACUUCCGAAGAUAAGGGCGAAAUGCUUCUUUUCCAUGUUGAGAAAGCACCCUUAAGGAGUCGUGCGCCAGCUGUGACGAUUGCCCCAACUACCCCACGUCGCCUUGCGCUUUCUUUGCCGCCCAGGAGCAGCCGAGAUGCUCCCGCGCUCGAAGGCGCGAGUCCCUCAGUUUCCACCUGUGCCAUCUCCCCAGCCACCGCAGUGUCAGGCGGUACACUGUUUGAGCUUGAGCUGUUGAGAAAGGAGAAUCUCCAGUUACGCAAGGAGCUGGAGCGAUCGGAGGCAAGGACUUCAGGCCUUCAGACGCAGCUCAGAGCGCAGCACGCCCUCCGUCAGGCCUCUCACAAUAAGGCCCCCACGACAGGGUAUGAUGCUAGUGUCGCAUCUGUCACGCUUCUCCCAGACAGCGAAUGGCUCAGCAAGGCUGUUGUGGACCUUACACCGACAGCAGACACGAGCCCAAAGGUGAUCAUGGCUACAGCUUACACGUAUGACUGUGACCAGAUGACACCGGCGCUUUGCGCCGCGGCGGAAGCCGGGGCUAAAGUCCUCUUGCUGGUGGAUGAGAAAAACAGCCGGUCGUGUAAUGACUCGCUGCCACGCCUGCAAAGCUUGAGGGAAUCUGCCGUGGAAGUCCACGUUAUAUCGGGGAGGCCGUUGUCGCUCAUCUACCCCCGACAGACGGGCUGGUCCGGCGCGCUCCACGCAAAAACACUUUUGGUGGACCGUGGGCCAACCACGUGCAUCUACGCCAAUUACACCCGAGCCAGUAGGUGCAAUUUUGAAAUGGUCAUGCGCUAUGAGACAGCUGAAGCCGAGGGAGAUCCUCGCGUAGAGACCUACAAGGCUUGGUUUUCUGACAUGUGGGAUCGUUCUAUCCCUGCGAAGUUGGAUUUCGAGCCGAGGCAUAGGCAUCGCGAGAAAGGACCGCCCAAGGGACCAGAUCGUGGAUCCUCGAGCUGA